UUACGUUGUUUCAAGAACCGUAAUAAACCCCCUGGAGUGCAAGCAGUAAUGUACACUAAUUCAGCUACAAAAAACAGACCUUAUAACCAUGAUAAAACAUAAUGUCUUGCUCCUUCUAAUAGAGAUUUUAUUGCUUAUAUUAAAAAUUCUAUAUUAUAUUUGCGAAGAUAUAUAUAAAUUAAUUAUCCCAACAAAGAAAAAGAGCGUAGCUGGUGAAAUCGUUUUGAUAACAGGUGCAGGUCAUGGUAUUGGAAAGGAAUUAGCGAUUGGUUAUGCUUCAUUAGGAGCAACGGUGGUAUGUUGGGACAUCAAUGAAAAAACUAACAAUAAAACAGUGGAAGAUAUUAAAAAAAUGAGAAAAUAUUCUGUGUAUGCAUAUGGAUGUAAUGUAGCAGAUAAGGAAGAAGUUUUUAGAGUAGCCAAAAAAGUAAAAGAAGAAGUAGGUGACGUUACUACCUUGAUUAAUAAUGCUGGUAUAGCGUUUGUUAAAUCAUUUCUGAAUCAAAGUCCUGAUGAAAUAGCCCGAGUCAUAGAUGUCAACAUAACAGCGCAUUAUUGGGUAAAUAUAUUCAAGAUAUCAAAAUUAUUAUUUGCGUUCUUCGAUAUUGUGGAA